AGAGAGCAGUGUGUGUGUGUGUGUGUGUGACAGAGAGAGCAGUGUGUGUGAGAGAGAGAGAGAGCAGCAGAGGGAGUACUGGACUGGACUGCCUGGAUAUCCCCUUCCAUCUGGGAGCCAUCUGUGUUCCUCUGGCUCUGGGCUCCUCCACACUGGGGCUCACAUAUGUGGGAACACAAACACAUGCCUGACAUAUGAAGGAGUGGAGAGAGAGACAAAAAACAGAGAAAAGAGAAGGAUAAGAAAGCAAAGUCACCACAGCUGAAUUAGGACAAGAGCCGACUAAUAGGGUGGAGACAGUGGUGAGAAGAAGACCCCUGCCAUGCCCGGCUCUCCUGUGGAUGUCAAGACUCAUUCCAGACCAGUCCCCAGACCAGUCCCCAGACCAGUCCCCAGCAGCAGCAGCGCCACCAUGCCGCCCCUGCCCUCCGUGAACCCCAGCGGACCCCGGCCAGCCUCCUUCUCCUCCACCACUCUGACCAAUGGAAUCCACCACUCCCCGCCCACCCUAAAUGCUGUGCCCUCGCCGCCCCAGCGCUACAGCAAUGGGCCUAGCUCCUCAUCUUCCUCCUCGCUGGCCAAUCAGCAGCUCCCGGCCACAUGCGGCGCCCGACAGCUCAGCAAGCUCAAACGUUUCCUGACGACGCUGCAGCAGUUCGGCAACGACAUCUCGCCCGAGAUCGGAGAGAGUGUCCGCAACCUGGUGCUGGCCCUCGUGAAUUCAACAGUCACCAUCGAGGAGUUCCACUCAAGGCUCCAGGAGGCCACCAACUUUCCCCUGAGGCCCUUCGUCAUUCCCUUCCUCAAGGCCAACCUGCCCCUGCUGCAGAGGGAGUUGCUCCACUGUGCGCGUGCGGCCAAGCAGACCCCAGCCCAGUACCUAUCCCAACACGAGCACCUCCUACUCAGCACUACUCUGGCCUCGCCCCCCGACUCCUCGGAACUGCUACUGGAGCCCAGCGAGAGAGAGAGAAACCCGACAGUUAAGAGACACAGUCCUAACAGGGGAAAAGAGAACGGCUUCCACGAGCGCCCCCCCGUCCCCCUGGAGCCCCCAGCUAAGCGCAUCUGCACCAUCAGCCCGGCACCCCGCCAUAGCCCGGCCAACCCCCUGCCCCUCAGCGCUCAGCUGCACCCCACGCCGCCCCCUCUGCAGCACUACGCCCUUGAGGACAUCAGCGCCCCCCAUCUGCUGCACCGGGAGAGCAGCCACCGGAUACUGGAGCUCCGCGAGCUCAAGGACAGGCCUAGACUACCUGGCACUAACGGGGGCUACCGCGAGGAGCCCGUGGACCACAGGCUGACAGACAGAGAGUGGGCCGAUGAGUGGAGGCAUCUGGAUCAUGUGUUGAACUGCAUUGUGGAGAUGGUGGAGAAGACGCGUCGGUCGGUGGCUGUGCUGCGGCGCUGUCAGGAGUCGGACCGCGAGGAGCUCAACUACUGGCGGCGGCGCUCCAGCGAGCAGGAAGACCCCCGCAAGGGAGGGGCCGCCACCGUGCCCUCCCCCUUCUCCAAGAACCACAGCCCCCACACAGCAGCCAUUCCCGCCCCCUUCUCCAAGACCCACAGCCCCCACACAGCAGCCAUUCCCGCCCCCUUCUCCAAGACCAACAGCCCCCACACAACCGAGGGACUCAGCAGUGAAUCCCAGAGAGACUUUGCGCCGCGACCAGGCUCAGGCUACGUGCCUGAUGAGAUCUGGAGAAAAGCUGAGGAGGCGGUGAACGAGGUGAAGCGUCAGGCCAUGGACGAGGUCCAGAAAGCAGUGGCUGAGGCAGAGCACAAGGCCUUUGAGAUGAUCACGUCCGAGCGGGCCAAGAUGGAGAAGACUCUGUCCGAGGCCAAGAGGAAGGCCACGGAGGACGCCAUCCAGGUCAUCAAUGAGCAGGAGGACUCAAGCGAGUGUUGCUGGAACUGUGGUCGCAAGGCCAGCGAGACGUGCAGCGGCUGCAAUGCGGCGCGCUACUGCGGCUCCUUCUGCCAGCACAAGGACUGGGAGCGCCACCACCUCAUCUGCAGCCCCGGCCUGCAGACCCAGCCCAAGCCCGUGUCCGCCAUCACAGCUGCCAGGGCCGCUGUUACCGCAGGAGCCAAGGCCCCCGAGAGCGUCCCAACCACUGCCAGCCCCGGGGGGGAGAAGGGGUCGGUCGCCUCUCCUUCCUCCACCCCAUCCACUCCCACGUUAAUGCUAGAGACCAAUGGGCAGUAAAAGCCAGGACUAGGAUCAGUGAUACUGAUCCUCAAGAUGGCCUCACUUCCCAUUUUCCUUCCAUUCUGUUGUUCCUGACUGUUAAAAUGGACACCAGGACCUUAUGCCCCAAAAUGGCUUCCUUUCUUUGUUUCCCUUUCCUCUUGAACUGCUGACGGUGCAAGGUGCUGGUUUCCAUUGUUCCAUCAUUUGGCUGUCACCCGUCGGGUAUCUUUAGGUUAGCGUUUGUCUCUUCAGGUUCUAAAGGUAUCUAGGUUAGCGUUUGUCUCUUCAGGUUCUAAAGGUAUCUAGGUUAGCGUUUGUCUCUUCAGGUUCUAAAGGUAUCUGGGUUAGCAGUUGGCUAUUUAGGUUCUAAAGGUAUCUAGGUUAGCAGUUGGCUAUUUAGGUUCUAAAGGUAUCUAGGUUAGCAGUUGGCUAUUUACGUUCUAAAGGUAUCUAGGUUAGCAGUUGGCUAUUUAGGUUCUAAAGGUAUCUAGGUUAGCAGUUGGCUAUUUAGGUUCUAAAGGUAUCUAGGUUAGCAGUUGGCUAUUUAGGUUCUAAAGGUAUCUAGGUUAGCAGUUGGCUAUUUAGGUUCUAAAGGUAUCUUUAAGUUAGCGGUUGCGAGGGAGAGGAGACAAGGGAAGAAAGCUGUUUUUAAGACAUGACCCUCAGCUCUGGACACCAACCUUAAUUUAGCCAAGGAAGUGACAUCAUGGACAGGAAGUGAUGUCACAGACAUUGAGUGAGCGGAGGAGGAAAUGAGGUCACUGAUGUCACCAGUCAUGUUACACAGAAAGAGGACAGAUUGCUUUGGUGAUGGUGGGCAGAAGACAGACUCAUCUGCUUUGGGACUUGGAGGAUCCAUCUUCAACAGUUGGACAAACAGACAAUCUACCUGACAGAUGGACACUUGUUUCGCUUCAUCCAAAAUCUCAAUCCCCAGUAGAGUUGAGACAACUGAGGACGGACUUCAAUCCCCAGAUUUUUUUUUAAGGGGACAGUGGGGGGGGGGGUAUGAGUUUUGGAAUGGUCUUUUAUACCCACGAGGGUGAGUGAUGAUCGAAGUACUCACUGCAUAUUUCCUAGUUUACCAUUUUCUACAGAAAAGAGGGUUAUGGGUCGGUGUUGACAGUGUAAUAAACAGUACCAGAUCUACAGAAAAGAGGGUUAUGGGUCGGUGUUGACAGCGUAAUAAACAGUACCAGAUCUACAGAAAAGAGGGUUAUGGGUCGGUGUUGACAGUGUAAUAAACAGUACCAGAUCUACAGAAAAGAGGGUUAUGGGUCGGUGUUGACAGUGUAAUAAACAGUACCAGAUCUACAGAAAAGAGGGUUAUGGGUCGGUGUUGACAGUGUAAUAAACAGUACCAGAGCUACAGAAAAGAGGGUUAUGGGUCGGUGUUGACAGCGUAAUAAACAGUACCAGAUCUACAGAAAAGAGGGUUAUGGGUCGGUGUUGACAGUGUAAUAAACAGUACCAGAUCUACAGAAAAGAGGGUUAUGGGUCGGUGUUGACAGUGUAAUAAACAGUACCAGCUCUAGAGCAUCUCAUGUCUGGAAAUACAUUUUGGAGGUGACAUGAUCGCGAAGUCACCGCUACAAUCCUGUUUGUAUGUACAGUAUAGCUGUCCUACUUUUCUUGCUAUUCGUCGAAAGUUAUUCGUCAGGUUCCUCUUUUGAGUGUGUACAGUUGAAGUAGGAAGUUUACAUACACCUUAGCCAAAUACAUUUAAACUCAGUUUUUCACAAUUCCUGACAUUUAAUCACAGUAAAAAUUCCCUGUCUUAGGUCAGUUAGGAUCACCACUUUAUUUGAAGAAUGUGGAAUGUCAGAAUAAUAGUAGAGAAUUUUUUAUUUCAGCUUUUAUUUCUUUCAUCACAUUCCCAGUGGGUCAGAGGUUUACAUACACUAAAUCAGCAUUUGGUAGCAUUGCCUUUAAAUUGUUUAACUUGGGUCAAACUUGGGUGAAUUUUGGCCAAUUCCUCCUGACAGAGCUGGUGUAACUGAGUCCGGUUUGUAGGCCUAUUUACUCGCAAACGCUUUUUAAGUUCUGCCCAUAGAUUUUCUAUAGGAUUGAGAUCAGGGCUUUGUGAUGGCCACUCCAAUACCUUGACAUUGUUGUCCUUAAGCCAUUUUGUCACAGCUUUGGAAAUAUGCUUGGAGUCAAUGUCCAUUUGGAAGACUCAUUUGCAACCAAGCUUUAACUUCCUGACUGAUGUCUUGAGAUGUUGCUUCAAUAUAACCAUAAUUUGUAUUCCUCAUGUAACCAUCUAUUUUGUGAAGUGCACCAGUCUCUCCUGCAGCAAAGCACCCCCGCAACAUGAUGCUGCCACCCCCGUGCUUUACGGUUGGGAUGGUGUUCUUCGGCUUGCAAUCCUCCCCCUUUUUCCUCCAAAAAUAACAAUGGUCAUAAUGGCCAAACAGUUAUAUUUUUGUUUCAUCAGACCAGAGGACAUUUCUCCAAAAAGUACCAUCUUUGUCCCCAUGUGCAGUUGCAAACUGUAGUCUGGCUUUUUAUGACCGUUUUGGAGCAGUGACUUAUGUUGAUAUAGGACUCGUUUUACUGUGGAUACAGAUACUUUUGUACCUGUUUCCUCCAGCAUCUUCACAAGGUCCCUUGCUGUUGUUCUGGGAUUGAUUUGCACUUUUCGCACCAAAGUACGUUAAUCUCUAGGAGACAGGACGUGUCUCCUUCCUGAGCGGUAUGACGGCUGCGUGGUCCCAUAAUGUUUAUACUUGCGUACUAUUGUUUGUACAGAUGAAUGUGGUACCUUCAGGCGUUUGGAUAUUGCUCCCAAGGAUGAAACAGACUUGUGGAGGUCUACCAUUUUCUUUCUGAGGUCUUGGCUGAUUUCCUUUGAUUUUUCCAUGAUGUCAAGCAAAGAGGGACUGAGUUUGAAGGUAGGCCUUGAAAUACAUCCACAGGUACACCUCCAAUUGACUCAAAUUAUGUCAAUUAGCCUAUCAUAAGCUUCUAAAGCCAUGACAUCAUUUUCUGGAAUUUUCCAAGCUGUUUAAAGGCACAGUCAACUUAGUGUAUGUAAACUUCUGACCCACUGGAAUUGUGAUACAGUGAAAUAAUCUGUCUGUAAACAAUUGUUGGAUAAAUGACUUGUGUCAUGCACAAAGUAGAUGUCCUAACCGACUUGCCAAAACUAUAGUUUGGUAACAAGAAAUGUGUGGAGUGGUUGAAAAACGAGUUUUAAUAACUCUAACCUAAGUGUAUGUAAACUUACAACUUCAACUUUAUGUACGCUUGUGUCAAAACUGUCGUUCCACCGCUCGACAUUGUAAAAUAAAGCAUUAUGACUAAUUUCAGAGCAAUAUAAAAAUACAAAGUGUUCAGGUAUUUACAAGCUGUUAUGCAUCACCAAAGUUUUCAAUCGCUAAACAAGUGUGUCAUUGCCUGUAACUGUCCGUUGUUGUACACAGAAUAAAUAUACAGAAACACUUGUCUUGUUCUAUGAUGCGUAUAUCAAUUAUCUUCAUUAUCAGCCAUCCAGCCACACCCAGAGUUACAGAAUACAAAUGGAAGAUCGUAAGAUAGUAUAAAGAUGAAAAUGCACAACAGCAAAGUUGUACAGACGUUCGGCCGUUUGCAGUCGUCUCCCACAGCAUUGCUGAGCUUCAUGGCUCCUGUUGUACUUUAGAGCUGUGAGGUUUGCACCGGUUUUCCAUCAUAAAAUACUGUAGGAGCUACAGUAAAAUCAAGUGCAACUAUGCAAUUGUAUUCCCAUGUUGCUCAGUUGAUAGAGUGUGGUGUUUGCAACACCAGGGUUGUGGGUUUGAUUUCCAUGGGGGACCAGUACAGGAAAGUAUGAAAAUGUAUGCACUCGUUAUUCUAAGUUGCUCUAGAUAAGAGCUCCAGCGAAAUGACAAAAACAUUUGAUUAAUUUAUUUCUCUAGGGCAUUUAUUGACAAUUCAUUAAUACAAAAUGAAUAACCCAAAGAUAUAGGAGGUAUAGAAUAAAGAUACAUAAAGAUAGUAACGUAUUUAAGGAGCCUAUUGUUUUUUGCUUUCCUCUUUAAAUCUGGGAAAAGUUCAACAUAUUGAGUGUCUUUUCUUGCCCUCUCUCUGAAUCUCAGAUCUGGUUUAUUAUAUAUAUACUUUAUCAGCAUUAGAUGAAGUCAAGCAUUUAGGGAGGAUCCUUUCGCUAAUUUAAUAUCUGUUGAUUGUUACCAUGGAGAUGAUUCUGGUGUUGUUCAUUGUAAGAUUAUUAGAAAGAAUGUCUUUAUUUUGUGAGCCACAUCUUUUGUUUUCAGGCAUAACUUCACAUGAAAAUACAUUUUAGAAUGAAGUAUAAUAUCGAAAUAAAGACAACCUUACUGAAAUGUC